CGACUGUGUUCGUAGUGCGCGCACGCUUUCGCAUGGGGAACGAGAACCACGAUUCGGUCGCACUCUUGAUCCCUUCGGCACCUCUUUCUCUGGGCUCACACCUCGGCGCCCUUCCAUGACUCCAAUCCAUCAUCCGUCUCUGAUCACUACCGCUCGUGCGGCCCUCAGGAAAACACCAAUUACUGUACACGCUCUUCGCGCGCCUUUGGUUUCUGUUACCCUAUUCUAUCUCCAUACCACGCUGCCCUUGUCGGCGACGCAACCGCCUUCCCACCCGUCGCUCUUCAACAAGCCCUGUUCCUGGCCUGAACCGACGUCCGAUGCGCAAGAGAUCCGCCCCCAGAGCCAAGUUUCCCCUGCGGCCCUUGCCAUUCAAGCCAGACUUACUGCCCUUACUGGGCUGUCCUGGGCAUCAUCGUCUCCGGCCUCUCACGCUUCUUCGGCCCUGCGUGGGGAUCAGUCCCCUCACAUCCGCGUUGCAUGGUUUUCAUCAUCGGGCUUCCUAUUCAGUCCAACCUUGUUAAGCGGCUCUUUCGCUGGCACACUACUCGAUGACUCGACGCCUCCCGUUUCGUUUCACCCCUCCCGCCAGCCCAAACCAAACUUGCAACCUAGCCUUUCCAUCCUACCUCGUCUCUCUGGUACGGCUCUGCUCUGUUCUGCUCUGUUCUGCUCUGUUCUGUGCGGUGCCUACUUGUAUCGCAAAGCGCAAACGGACAACUGACGUUGACCGCCCGGUCGUUGGAGCGAGGCGCACUUGGACCUGUCGCUCACUGCCACCGCUUUCUCGCUUCUCGGCACAUCACUCGCUCAUCAGUCCACCCUUUUCUCAUCACCGCACCACCGAGGGCUCCAGUCCUUCUCCAUAACGACGCAUCCGUUCCUGACUGGAUUAACCCACUCCCCCGAUCUCAUCUCAUCUACCGGUCUCGUUCCAGGGCUCUUUUGCAUUUGUUUUACGUUACUCUGCCCCGUGCGGCCCUAAGACAGAGCCGCCGACAAAAGGUCCUCAACAUGAAGAUUUGCGGGUCAGCAUAACCCCCGGGCCAAGCACAUCUCGUGAAAUCCCCGUCGUGAAGGGAACCCGUCCGAGACAGACGCACGGGAACGGGCCUCUGCCUCCGCUGCCACCCGCCGCUCGGUGAUCCUGGCCUGACACGAAUCGCUUGUUGCCGGCUAGCUAUACACUCCUGCCAUAUAAAACCUCUUCCGCCCCAUGGAUCCCCGCAGCCACCAACGCGGAAAUGGACCAUCUACUACCGAUGCCCAGCCGCCGCCUCUCCGGCGGCGACUAUCGAUGGAGGAGGAUUACUUCUAUCAGGAAGUCAUGACUUCCCCUUUCCGACGACCUUCACAACCGCCCCCCUACGAGCGGGACGCCAAACCAAAACGACCGUUGGCCGGCAGAGACGACGUCCAGCAUGGAAUGGAGGAAGGUCUCCCAGGCUAUUCGUGCGACAUCGAGCUGGAGGGCGUAUGGGUGAAGAAGAUGGAGAUUGAGAACACCACAAAAAGGGCCGAGGAUCGGAACUGGCACACAGCCUUUGUGCAACUACGGGGUACCGCCUUGAACUUCUACAACGUGAAGAAGGACUGGGGAUGGGGUAGGACAAGGGACGGACCGACCAUCUCCCCAGACAACCCGCCCUGGGUGCGGAAAGCCUCUCUCGACAAAGCAUACAGUCUCCAGCAUGCAGACGUCGGAAUUGCUGCCGACUACAAGAAGAGGCGAUAUGUCAUCCGUGUCAGAGCAGAGACGGACCAGUUUCUCCUCUCAUGCAUCGAGCUGAGCACCAUGGUGAAGUGGUUGGAAGCCCUCUUCGCCGCCAUCGAUGUCGCCGCCCCGAUCGACGACCGUGACUACCCUCGCGAUCAGAGCAUCCCCCGCAUUCAACGCAUCCGCUGGUUCCGCGGCCAGACGCCAGCGCAGACGAACAACUAUCCCGUACCGACGCCACGCCCACUGAGUCCCGAGCUUCGCCGUGUGACCUCUGUCGAAGUUUCCGAACCUUUCCCUUCAUCAUCCGUGAUGGAGGCCAUCUUGGAUGAACCCGUCAUCGAUGAGAGCCCCAUUGGCGAGGACGGAACUGCUGUCGUCGACACCGAUUCCAUGUAUGGUCCGGGGCCCGCUCGGAACGAGCAAAUCAGCAGCCGAUUAUCGACGACGUCGUAUCCCAACGAGGCCAUCGACCCAGACACGGGCAAAUGGGCACCCGAGCACCAAUGGACAGCUGCCCAUGACUUGUUGUAUGCCAAGCUUUGCUACUCGGUUCUCUUGUUCAAGAGCCCACGGAAGUCCAACUACAUAAUCAGCAAGGGAAAGCAAUGGUUCGUGGACUGGGCGACGGGCCGCAUGGUCCGGGUCCUGCCGCCGGCAUACGGCGAGAUCGACUUCUUUGGCCCUUGGCAAGUCAUCCACACGGAAAACAGGAGGAUUUAAAGGGGUUCCUACCCCUUCCUCACUUCUACUGCACAUAUACAUACCCCGUGCUCUCCACAACGAGAGCCUUUUUUGCAUUGUCACGAGGAAGAAUCGCAAGAUUCAACGACACGAAUUUACCAUACCCUGAAGCGGGGAAGACGGUACGGCGACCAAAACAAAAGUUGGGUGGGACGGCGCGGCAUUUGCAUUUGGACAGUCGUUUCUCUCUUGCUCUCCAUGUCUUAUUUUGUACCUCUUUUUUUGUCCUCCAUGACGGGCGAAAACGAGAGCAUUACCAACUGUGCAUAACAUUGGGCGGAGUUGUCGAAGGCAGCAAGCCAAUUUUUUGCUGCCACUUUUCAUUUGCCGUUUUGAUUGUUGCAUUAUAUGAAACUCUAGCGCGGGCAUCGCAAAAGCCUCGACAGCAAGUGUGCUCGUUGACGUUGGGAGAUCUAGGCUCCUGUUGCUAUCGCCACAGCUAGUCUCCCAGCACUCC